UGGUGUCUGUGAUGCUAGAUUCACUACCAUGACGAACUUCGCUAAGCUGAACCUGCAGGCAAUGGGCUUCCAGAGAUCAUCGACACCUGAUAAGCAAAAGGUGCAACCUGUCAGUUCAAAAGUACUCAACAACGACGAGAAUAUUGGUGAUCUUACCUUGGCAUCAAUAGCCUCAAACCUGCAUGAUAUUUCCGCCAUUGUUAAUACACCCAUCCCCUCAUCAGAUUUAGCUUACAGUUCAUGGGUGGUGGAGCACCCUUCUGCACUAGGCUCAUUUGAUAGGAUGAUGAAAGCUGCAAAAGGGAAGAGGAUUGUUGUCUUUUUAGACUAUGACGGCACUCUCUCACCGAUUGUUGAUGAUCCGGAUCGUGCUUUCAUGUCCAGUGAGAUGAGAGCAGCAGUGCGCGAAGUUGCCAAAUAUUUUCCAACAGCAGUAAUCAGCGGGAGGAGUAGAGACAAGGUCAAAGGAUUUGUACAGUUAAGCAAUGUAUAUUAUGCCGGCAGCCACGGGAUGGACAUUAUGGUCCCCUCAAAGCCGCUAAAGCCCUGUGAUGCCAAGAACCAAGCCACAGCCUCAACGUUGGAUAAGGAGAGUGACAUGCUCUUUCAACCUGCCAAAAGAUUCCUGCCUGCAAUCCAAGAGAUACGCAUAGUGUUGGAUGAAAUAGCAAGAAAGAUUGAAGGUGCAAGAGUAGAGGACAAUAGAUUCUGCAUCAGUGUACAUUACCGGAAUGUCCGGGAAGAGGAUUAUGACAUAUUAGAAGAAAAGGUGAAGGCUGUGAUUGAAACCUAUCCUGAGUUUCACCUGACUCGGGGUAAAAAGGUCCUGGAGGUACGACCAUCUAUAGAAUGGAACAAAGGGCAUGCGCUUGAAUAUCUACUUGACACCCUUGGAUUCAGUAACUCAGGUGACGUCCUCCCAUUGUACAUAGGGGAUGAUCGAACAGAUGAAGAUGCUUUCAAGGUGAUAGAAGCCAGAGGACAGGGAUUUUCUAUAAUCGUGUCCUCCACCCCAAAGGAAACCAAAGCUUCAUGCCUGGUCUCGAAAGUUUCCACUUUCCUAUCACUUCCGGGAGAAUUUGACCAUGCUUAA